GAGUGAGGCUGCGCGCGAGAUUCGGCGGGACGGACAAAUCAGCAGAAGAAGGAGGAGGAAGAGGAAGAAGAGGAAGAAGAGGAGGAUGAGGAGGAGGAGGAGGGCGUGAGCUGUGGACACGGCGGGCAAACACACCGAGAGGGAACAGAGAGAGAGAGAGAGAGAGAGAGAGAGAAAACGGCAUGUUUGGCUUCUGAUCUGCUACUCUUCUUGAAUUGCUUUAAGCUUUGGAGCUGCAUCUUGGACAGAGUUGUUGUUGUUGCUGUUGUUUGUAAGAGUUUGUGACCUUGUGAGCCGCAUCGGUGUUAAUGGAAGUCUCUCGGACACCUGCCUGACACCUGCAUGUGUCGGGAUUCACGGAAGUGUGUUUGAUUUUUUUUGGUGUGUGUUUGGAUUUCCAGGCGCAAAUUGCAACUGUGGCUUUCUCUGACAUUUUAACGUCGGAGAAGAAACCUGUCACUUUGAGUGAACCUGCACAAUUCGCAUGGCCAACAUGAAGCCCCGCAGUGAGGAUGAGGAUGACGAGCGUCAGUCUAAAGACACUGACACAGAACCCAAGAAUUCAAAAAAGAUGCUCAGCAAAGUGAAAUGGUCCCGAGAAGAGGACGAGAGGCUCAAGAAGCUUGUUGAGCAACAUGGCACCGAUGCAUGGAGAUUAAUCGCUAAUUAUUUCCCAACAAGGACAGAUGGCCAGUGUCAGCACCGCUGGCAGAAAGUUCUCAACCCAGAGCUGGUGAAAGGGCCCUGGACAAAAGAGGAGGAUCAGAGGGUGAUUGAAUUGGUGCACAAAUACGGCCCGAAGCGGUGGUCCGUCAUCGCUAAGCACCUACAGGGCCGCAUAGGCAAGCAGUGUCGCGAGCGCUGGCACAAUCACCUCAACCCUGAGGUGAAGAAGUCCUCCUGGACCCAGGAAGAGGAUCGCAUUAUCUACGAGGCGCACAAACGGCUUGGUAAUCGCUGGGCUGAGAUCUCAAAGCUGCUGCCUGGAAGGACAGACAACUCUAUCAAAAACCACUGGAACUCUACCAUGCGCAGGAAGGUCGAGCAGGAAGGUUACCUUCAGGAUGGCAACAGGAGUUUCAGCGCAGAUCAGUCUCAGAAGAGACGCCUUAAAGGCUGUCAGUCUGUGGAGCACUCGCACGGUCACGACCACCUGCUCGUGAACAGCCAGUCACAGGUUGCAGGAUACAUGUUCGGAUCUGCGAGUGUACAGGGUAUGGACAGCAUCACAGAGAGUUCGAGCUUCAUGUCGCCGUGCCACGACGAUCCCGACAAAGAGCAGCGAAUUAAGGAGCUAGAGCUGCUCCUUAUGUCAGCUGAGAAUGAAGUCAGAAGACAGUCCGGUCCUCGUAACCCAGAGAGCUACUCAAGCUGGUCAGACAGUCUGGCGGAUGAUACCAUGAGCACCACAGGGACCACCGAAGAGUCCGGUGUUGAGCUGGGUCGAGCGGAGAAGGGCCGUGCUCCUUCUGUACCACUGCACGUCUCUCCCAGCAAGUUCCUGGCAGCGGAAGCCAGUGCUGUGCUCUCUAGUCUGCAGACCAUUCCUGAGUUUGCAGAAACCAUAGACCUCAUCGACUCGGAUCCUAUUGUAUGGAGCGAGGUGGGAAGUUUUGACCUCUCGGAGUCUGUCAGUCCUCCUAAACCCCCCGUCCUUGAUGGCGCGUACCCAGCUCAUGAUGACUGCACAGAGGAUGUUAAGUACCACACUCCUGCCCCUGCUUUAUGUAGGCCUCAUGUUGGAACGAGCCAGGGGAAACCCGUUCCUCAAAGCACUCGCCCUGCGGGCAAAUUCGACUCCCCUUCGCCAUCCCUGCCGAGGAAGAAGACGAGAGAGAGAGCAGACCGUUCGCUCGGUGACUGCGCAAACUCUUUUACAGACAACACCAGGAGCUCGCUGAAAAGCACACCAGUUAAAGGACUUCCGUUCUCACCCUCUCAGUUCUUUAACAUAUCUGGGGCUGAGCAUUUGAACCUGGACAAUCCUGCGCUAACGUCAACUCCGGUGUGUGCGCAGAAAAACUUCUCCAGCACGCCUCAGCAGAAAGAAACCACACCCAAACAUCAGAAGGAGAAUGCUGGUUUCAGGACACCCAAACUUCGCAAGUCCAUAAUGGCCCACACUCCGAGGACACCCACUCCCUUCAAAAAUGCCUUAGCUGCCCAGGAAAAGAUGCACGGGCCCUUAAAAAUGGUGCCUCAGCCACUGGCUUUCCUAGAGGAGGACAUUAGGGAAGUGUUGAAGGAAGAGACAGGGACGGAUAUCUUCAUUCACGGACAUCCUGAACAAAGAGUGUAUGAGGCGGAUGCUCCUGCCAGGAAGGUGAGGAAGUCCUUGCUAUUGGACAGUUGGGGGAAAGACUGUCUCAAUGUGCAACUGUUCCCUCAGCAGCAGAUCAGCAGUAGCGCACAGUCUCCUAAUGAUGGCAUGUUGAGUAGCGCAAUUCUGAUGACCCCACUGACAGAAGUAGAGGAGGAACUCACCUGCUCUCCAGGCUCACUGAAAAUGGACACCCAACUUCCCAUCUGCCCUCUCAGCCCUCAGGCAAAAAAAGAGCUCCUUACACACCGAAGCCCAGUUUACCAAACCUCCACACAGGUGAGCAGUGAGUGGGAGGCAGUGGUAUUUGGGAAGACACAGGACCAGCUGAUCAUGACCGAGCAAGCGAGGCACUACCUGAACUCCUCCCAGCUGUCGACAUGCACCUCCAGAGCUCUGGUCCUGUGAGCUCCAGUGCUCCUCUCAGCUCCUUACAGCAUACAGCCCCCUCAUUCCUCGCACUUCACUUUUAGACAAUCUGGUGUAGGAAACUAAAUGUUUGCCUUUUUUUAUACGUGUGUGUGCUUAAGACUUUCAGUGUAUUACAAAGUAUUUUAACCCAAAAAGAUGCGCAUUAAUGACUCGAUUUUUUUAACUAAAAGAACGUGACCAGUCUUCCUCUUGAGAUGACACUUUUGCGAUGACCGUUCUAGAUUCGUCGAUCUAGCCUAAGGUAUUUCAUCGGCCGUCUUGUGUUAACUUUUAGCCGUAGACAGUUUGGAGUAUCAGGAGAACCGAAGAAGAUCUCUUUUUUUUUUCUUUUGCCUCGGUUGUCGGUUACUGAGAUGUAGAAAGAGAGAGAGAAAGAAUUUCACAUCAUUGAGCAUUUUCUGUCUUUGCGCACGACAUGUCAGUUCCAGACAACUUUGGAAAUUCCCAAGAAAAAAGAUUGCUGCUGGAUUUCAUCACUCUGGGGAAAAAAAGGGAAAAAACCCCAAUACAUACCUGUUAGUCCUUUGGGAUUUUUAACGUCGCUUUUAUAGGAUUUUUUUAAAACAAAAAUGGUGUCUUAAAGAUCGAAGAGCACUCGCAGUGUUGCACUACUGAUUGUGGGUAACUGUAAAGGGGAGGGGCUUGAAGCGUGUUUAGGAGGAACUGGAUAGCACUUGCAAUGUGACUGUUUUGGCUCGAACCGUAAUAAGGGUUCUGCUCCGUGUUUUUUGAUGAGUUUGACACUCACUGAAUGUAUUGUACAGCAUUUAACUGCUAAAGUAGCGUCGAAUGGAAGGGUAACUCUUUUUUUUUUUCUUUUCUUUCCAUUUUCUAAUUUAUUUGUUGCUGUAAUUUGAGUUGUUGAGAUGUUUAUUGAGCACCUGGACUGUCCAGUUUUGAAAAGAGACCUACCUUUUUGCGCUGACAGACCUGACAGUGUCUGCAGCCUAAAAACAAAACCAACAACUUUAAACUCUAGCUGCUUUAGUUUGCAAACUAUCCGAAGUCAUGUUUGGUACUGAUUUUUAAUAUGCAGUCUCACACAAGUAACACGUUCCAAGACGAGAUGGAUUUCUCCAUCAUUUAGGGCUGUAGGUUCUAUUUAUUAAAUCUUUACUAAUUUAUUUAUUUCAAAGCUAUAAAGAGAAUUUUAUUUCUGUUGUGUUAAGAGACAAUAUUUGGCUACCUUUCAUCAGAAAUGUUUCUAAAAAAAAAUUUUUUUUUUUAACAACAUACACUGCCACUAAUCAUUCUUUACUAGUUGGUUUCAAUCUAGCAUCAAUCUAGUCAUCUCCAAAGUUCUGUGUGACGUCAAACAAGUUCAGUUACAAUACAGGUAGCGAUACUCAGCUUCCAACCGCUUGUGUAGGCAAUUUGCACUUUUUAAAUGUUCAAGUGUCAGUUUUCUUUCUUUUUUUUUUGGAAAAUCCCCUAAAGUGUUUACAUUUUGAGUUUUUUUUUUUUUAUCUUUUAUGAUGGCGAUAGAAGUGGCUGUUUUUUUUCUUUCUUUCUUGUAAAAAUGAAACACUGACUGUUAAUGGACUAAAACAAGAGUUCCUCUCUCUCACUAAGUAAUUCUGCAGGUGAAACUGAAGGCUGUGCCGUAGCUGAGAAUCAGAAAAGAAGUGAACGAAACACAAGCACAAUUUUUUUGGAGAUGUAGAAAAGUUGUACUGCUUAAAUCUAACUUUGUCUGACAUUGAAGGUAAUUGAGAAUAUUUUUAAUUUUAUUUUUUACAGUAGAACGUUUGAUAAGUCAGGGUCCUUGUGAAAUUAUUCAGUAGGUUUUUAAAGGAUCUAUUUUUAAGGCAUUAAAAACAAGACUCUGUGAUGUGCUGAGAGCUUUUUUUUAAUAAAUCAGUUGGUUAGCCCAACACUAAGACAUCCUGUCCUCUGGGUAGUAUUUUUUUUUCAUUUUUUUUUUUCAUUUUAAUUCUACAAAAAUAUGUAUUUUCAAAUCCCAGAGUUCAUUAGGUUAUUCACCACAUUUCAUAGCACAAGAUUCAAUAUUGUUUAAUGUAACAGUGCGGGUAACAACAGAGUUGUGAGGCAUUUGUGUACAUUUUUGUCUUGUUUUUAACGUAGGUGCAAGUUUAUGUGUAUAAAAUUCUAUUUAACACUCGACCACCUAAUCGUAGAUUUAUGUAGCAGUUUAAAAACAAUGCAUGAUAAACAGUACAUUCAGCUUAUCUGACAUAUACACAUUUUCACAAGCAAGACAUUUUACUCCCAACACUAUUUUGCUGAACAUAUAUCGCCUGCCUCUCUGAAUCCUGCCAGUAACCAAUUGUGACACUUGUACGUAUUGAGGGGGAAAAAUAAAAUGCUUUGUUCAGUGUA